AAAUCUUGGGGCACAGACAAGAGAGACACGGACAUGGCAAAUGCUAAAAGAUAGGACCUGGGUGCAAUGCGAAUCAGUUACUGCUCUUUCAUCUUGUUUUUCCCUGAAGGGGAAUGCUAAUCAGAUUGAUAGAAAUUUUAAGAUUGCUAGAUCUAUACCUCUAGAUUGUAAGGGUUUCACCUAUACAAUGCAUGUUCCACAAAAGCAACCAUUUAACCGUACCAUGGUUAAAGUCACUAUAUGGACCAUCAAUUCAGAGGGUACUGAUGCUUAUCGGUUAUGCUUUAAGGUCGCGGUAUCGAUCUUAUACUCGGUUGCGAUGUUGUGGUAUGGUAUCGAUCGUUAUCCAAAAUUCUAG